CGGGCUCAGAGGUGCUGGUCACCCUGGAUCACAUCAUCGAGGAUGCGCUGGUGGUGUCGUUCCGGUUCGGGGAGAAGCUCUUCUCUGGGGUCCUCAUGGAUCUCUCCAAAAGGUUUGGACCUCAUGGAAUUCCUGUGACUAUAUUUCCCAAACGGGAGUACAAGGAUAAACCUGAAGCCAUGCAGCUGCAAAGUAAAUCAUUCCAAGAUGAGACACAAGUGAAAUGUGAAGCUAACGGUGUAGUCACAGACUCUUCUCCCAUCCAGCCAUCAGAACCUAGCCUGGCUAAAAGCCUAUGGACUUCCAAACCGCCUCCCCUUUUCCAUGAGGGGGCGCCAUACCCUCCUCCUUUGUUUAUCAGGGACACAUAUAACCAAUCAAUACCUCAACCUCCACCUCGAAAAAUUAAGCGGCCCAAGCGAAAAUUGUACAGGGAGGAACCCACUUCUAUUAUGAAUGCUAUCAAACUACGACCCAGACAGGUCUUAUGUGACAAAUGUAAGAACAGUAUUGUUGCAGAAAAGAAAGAAAUUAAGAAGGGCAGCAAUGCAAGUGACUCCUCAAGGUAUGAGGACACUAGGAAACGAAGAAAUGAGAGUGUAACUACUGUGAAUAAAAAAAUUAAAACUGAUCAUAAAGUUGAUGGGAAAAGUCAGAAUGAAAGCCACAAAAAGAAUUCUGUGGUCAAAGUUGCGAAUAUUGUCCACAGCAGAAGCAGAGUAGUCAAAGUUCCCACUCAAGCAAAUACAUCAAAAACCCAAUUAAAUACUAAAAAAGUUCUCCAGAGCAAAAACAUGGAUCAUGCAAAAGCUAGGGAAGUUUUGAAAAUAGCCAAAGAAAAGGCACAAAAGAAACAGAGUGCAACUUCAACUUCCAAAAAUGCACAUUCAAAGGUCCACUUCACACGGCGUCUUCAGAACACCAGCUCAGGUUCCCUGCCUCCACGAUUGCGUCUAAAACCACAAAGGUACCGAAAUGAAGAAAAUGACUCCUCUCUCAAGACGGGGCUGGAGAAAUUGCAGAGUGGCAAGAUGGCAGCUAAGCCCCAGUCUCGCUGCUCGUCUACCCGCUCAGCAGCUCAGAGACAUUAAUCAUCUGCUGUAUUUAUGGAAUUCUCUUGCACUGGCAUGAAGACCAUCAGCUAACCAGAAAUUACAUACAUCUAAAAUGCCACUUUCCUCUGAAAUCCAGCACAUGGUGUACACUGAGAUACUUUUUUAAAAAAAGAAUUGUACCCCUUUUCCAGGAAACCUAUGUAUUGUAAAUUUAAUUUCAAAUCUAAAAUGUUGACAAUAUUUUAUAAACUAUUUUUGCAAUAAAUAAGGCAUGAGCCAAGAAGCCUAUUCAACACGAACACGGAAGGAACCACUUGAAGUAUCAGAAUGAAGAAUCACAAAGCGUACUCUCGCUCUUCAAAUGUGAUUGUCUGAAUGGGCACCGGCAACUGAUCAAGACAUCUGGAAAGUUGGCUGUAAAGUUCUGAACGUUUACUUUUGUUCUUAGUGUGUUACGUUUUACAUCUUAACGAACAUUAGUCUUUAGUGCAGGUGUUAGCAGAGCUGUAACCCUUUACUGGAAGCAUGUCCAAAGUCAGCUGUGUUAAUAAGUACUGACAUGUGUUUUGAGACUAAGGUUUCCAUAAAGAAAGCAGCAAGGGCAAGAAUAAAUAACUCUGUUACCUUGAGUAACUAUAGCAAAGACCAUCCCUUUUGGAAAUAGUUUGAUGGUUAGAAUAGAGGGUCAUUUUUAAAAUGAGCAGUGAAAGAGGCUGCAUCACAGUGUACAGUUCUCGUAUCUGCUUGUGUUCAUCUAGCAGCAUCUGCCACAAAGAACAGGUACUGUUAAGAUGGAAUAGUAAUUGGUAUCCAAAGUCAUGGCAUUUCUUUUUCUAGCACAGUGAUGUAUUGCACAUUAAGUUAGUCAUAACUAACAUGUUCCGCUGAGACUUCCUUAGCAUUUUAAGACUAGCUGGUUUACACAGAUUCCUAUCCUCAAAUCUUUUCUCAACAGGACUUGAGUUUUUAACGGCAAUAUGGUUUCACAUUUUAAUGAGAAUAGGUUAUGCCAAAUUUUCAGAGAUUACACUGACAGCCUAAAAGAAUUACUUGUUCAGUCUUUUUAAUUUGCUUCUCAUUCUGAAAGUAUGCAAACACGUGCAUCAGCAGCCAGAUUCACCAGUUAGCUUGACAAACUGAUGUCAAAAUAAAUGCACAAUAUAAAGAUUGAUAGAAUUAAAGUUUUCAUGUCAAUACAAGGAUGCCUUCUAAUACAUAGAUUUCAGUCUUGUAGGAUAUUAAAAUACAUUAAUAAGAAAAAACUUUUCUAAAAUUCCGUAUUCCAGCAAAUACAGCAAGUGUCCAAUUCAUAUUUUCCAAGUUGCAAUCAUAACUUUCCCUCUUUAUUUUAUUUAGCAACAGAUUUAUAUUUUAAAUAGCAUUUGAAACAAGGGAAAGAUGUUUAUUACAAUACAAGUCUAUAUUAAAAGAUUUAAUAAUUGUCUGUGAAAACAUUUUUAAAAGGUAUUUAUAAAGAUUCCAGAGCACCUACUUAAAAAAAAAAGCCCUACAUAACAAUGAUUAAUAGUAAUUUCAACUGUGCCACUUUUCAUAAGAAAUUUGGUGACUUUUAAAGGUUUUGCAGUACUCUUUUCACUGAUGUUAAAGCAAGAGAGAAAUGGUGUAGGCUUUUUUCAUUCAAAAACGUUAUUAGAAACUAGCUUGAAGAAGGUUAAAAGAUACUGCAAUGAGAUAAUGCAUUGUCGUCUGCUCUGGAGGGAAAAAUGCUGCUUUUUUAAAAGCAUCUUUUUAAUUUAAAAGGGUGUGUUUUCACCUGAAAAGUUGCAUAAAUCUUGAGGGGUCACCAUGGCACAAAGUGAUAGUUUCUACUCAGGAAAAUGGUAUCAAGCUAUACAAACAAGGGUACAUAUUUUGAUUGAUUAUGGGCGGAGCCAAUAGUGCCUGCAUAGACAACAUCCCACUGUUAGCCAGAGCUCUGGUUUUUUUUCUUCAAGAGCACUGAUUCUGCCUAUUUUACAACCAUAAUUCAGUAUGAUGUAGAGAAGCCAGAGUCUACCUUAUAUGUAGAAAAGAAAGAGGCUAAGUCUGAAAAAGAGACAAGAUGGCUACUUUAUAUUGUUCAUGAAGAAUUGAAUUGUAACCACCUCGUUUUUCAUUUUGAAAUGAUGCUGUCAGGGAAAAUUUUAGUGGUAGAAGUAAUGUAUUGCUUUUCACUUUUUUCUUUAGUUGCUUAAUAUUUAAGCUUUGCUCCAUGUUACCUUUUAUGUCCGUAUAUUAUGUCACUAUGCCUCCUUUAUUUGGUAGACUUGAAUAAGGGAAAAAAAAUAUUCAACUUUUACAGUUUUGCCUGAAGUUAAAUAUUCAAGAAUUGUAGUGUACCAUAUUUUCAAAUAAAGCCUUGAUUUGUUUUCUCUGCACUUUUAAAAAGUUAUCCCAAGCAGUGUUGCCAUCUUUUCAUCUGUUUGCUUCUUUGACAGUAAAAAGAUUAAUGAAUGAAAGUGGUGAUAUUAAACAGAGUUACCUAACAGCAAUUCCCACAGGAGACAACAGAUUUCUAAACAGAGUAGAUUACAGCACUUCCAGAGUUUAUAAUUUUGCAGAACAGGUAGGGGGAGGGAAUAUUCCCUCCACUGCCACCAAACCUAGUGAAAUCCUUGCAGCAGGAGAACACAACAUGCCUCCCCUUACUUUUUAAAUAGAUGGUAUUAUUUCCCUCAUUAUCCUCCAGUCCAGUCUGCUUACAAUUGUAAUUUGAUUUGUUCCAGGGUUAAGUGGUUAAGCCAUUUAAUGGGCUAGAUACCUUGAAAACUUUGGUGAAACAGACACUGUAGAUUGGGAUUGGAAGACACUCAGAAACAAUCACAUUGACAAUCCAGGUGGUCUCCUGUUGCCAAGCUGCGGGAAAUUACUCAAGUGCCCAUCUGGAUCCGUAAAGCAUUGGGACAGGCCAUAUCACUGCACUUGUUCACCCCACAGAGGUCACAGGCCACAGUCUAUGUUAUCUUGGCCAGGAAGUAAUCUGAUCAGAGCAAAAAACUAAAUGUUAUAAGUCUCCAUAUGCAGAUCACUAAACAACUCUGAGGCAAACAUAAACUCAAGCAUACAACUGCCUGAAUGUGCCAGGCCUGAGAUCACAAGGGACAAGGCCACUGUUGCAUGGAAGUCAUGUACUCCCAAAUCUGUCCAGACCCAACACCCAAGACAUGUUAGCUGAGGUUGCCCACCAUCGAUAGGCAAAGUAACACCAAUGCCAGCAACAAGAUCAGGUCCAGAAACCAGAGAAGGAUCACACUGGUCAGCAGAACAGCCAAUAUACCAGCAGGAUCCUUAAUUUGUUCCUAUAGCUCAAUAUAAUAAAUUGGCACUUAAUUUGCUCACCACAUUUUUAUAGAUCAGUGCCACCAACUCCCUUCCUGACCCUGGAAUUGAGGUUGAUGAACAACAUGAAACACACUACAGUAGGAUGAAUCUCCAAGAGGGCAACGUUGGUACCCUUGCCCAGACAGGUCCCAGUAAUACACAUGAGAUCUGCCUGUUCAUCCUCCAUCAAGUUAUAGAUAAGCACAGCCUUAUUAAAGAUGGCUCUCACAUUUACCAUCAUCAACUUGAGGCCAAGAACACUAAAAAUCCAGCUACCAAAACUCAGAUUUGGGGCCACUGUGCCAGAAGUGGAGAUUUCUAGCAAGCCCCCGUCCCUUGGAAUGGCAAACCUGGCAUCCCCCAUCAUAUCUUCCUCAACCUGUCACUACCAGGAUCACAUCACUCUCUCCACUACUAACUUCUAUUCCCUCAAUCCAAGGCCACCAACUAAUUUCAAUCACCCUACUCAAACAAUCCACUAGUCACACAUGGAGAUCAGUAAUCUGGAGCACUACUCAUACUGACUCUGUGCCCAAUUCACUACUUUUUCUCACCAUCUAACAUCACUUGGGAAUCUCCAAAUCCCAGAUCACCCACUCACUACUGCCCUGAGAAAAUCCCCCCUCCAUCUACAAUCUCACUCAGGUGGGGCCACCUCUCCACUCACACCCAGUGAACUUCCCUAUGUGUAUACAAAGGCAGCACACUUAGAGAGAACUCUUCGCUCAGAAAUAUGGUGUAAGUGAAAAUCAGAGGCAUCACCAUUGCCUUAAGUACCAAGAGACUUAGGCUUCUAAGGGUUUAUCCACAAAUGUUCAGCACCUUGGCCAGACAACAUACCUCCCUUUGUACUGAGUCCCAAACUGUGAAGGCAGUAUUCCAUGUUGUGGCUUUCUGGCCAACACAGGGAGAAAUAAUAGGGAUUUCCGCUUCCAACUCCACCACCCUCUACCCGGCACACAGUACCAUAUACUAACGUGCUGUUGAUGUUCUCAAUCUCCUUCUUCUACAUUGUUGCUUAUACCAGACUGAUGAACAAACCUUAAACUUCCUUUCCAACUGCCAACUCAUCAAAACACCCUCUGUCAGUAUCUCCAACCACUAGUAAUUACAAGUCUGCUCAUAAUGAGCCUCUCAGGCACUUCCCACCUCCAGUCCUGUCUUUGUUUCUCCUAUCAGGAGAAUUUAAAACAGGUGUGUGACAGCUACCACGUCACACUCACCACAUCUCUCAGGCUAUACCAACAUAUCUGCUCCUGUAUAUUUCCACAAUGGGCAGUCAAAUUAUUACCUUUCCAGAUCUCACACCAAUCCACCAAUCCAAUAUGAAGCAGGUCAACUGAGAAUAUUUGCAAAUUCCAGCAUAGCCAGCAGAACUCAGUGACAGGGAAAUGUCACUGUAGAUGUAAAACAGCUCCCAGUUAUAAUCUCUCAGUCAUACUCCAUUCAUUGACCUAUCCUAACUUUCAGCUCCUUCCAAACUUUCUCCUAGCACUCUCUCAAUUUAACGGAUUAAUUUUUUCCAACCACAUAACCAAAAAUUAAACCAAUUAAACCAAAACUACACCACCUCUCACUAAUUACAUGGCAUACUAUAAAUGUCAUCUUGAACAACAAUGUAUGUAUAAGUUUAGGCAACUCUAAUCAAAAUGUAUAUUUCAAUUAAUCCCUGUAUGAAUAGAAGCUAGCACAACCUCUACAUGAUAAAGUUAAACAUACUGCAUUAUCUUUUCAUAAAUGUAAACGUUAUUUCCAGAUUCAAAUAAGGUAACAGUGAAUGCAGCAAGUGCAAAGUCUUAUUUUAAAACCACUCCUUUGGCAGAAAUAACUUCCAUAUGCUUCUGUAGCCAGCUAAUAGUCUUUCUAUUCUAGCUUUUGGCAUUUUUUCCCACUCUUUCUUGAAGCUUACAACUGAAAAUAAUUCUUAGAUCUCCUUGUAUGCGCUUCAACUGAGAUCUCACAGAUGUUCCACUUUCAAGUCUGGAGACAGUUACAGGUGAUCAUCCUGUGCAAUUAUCCAGCUUUUCAAAUUCAAUUCUUUCACUAACCAAGGACAUUAGUUUCUAGGUAUCUUGGUAUUUGAUUUAAUCCAUUCUUCUACUCACAAAAUGUUUCCUCUGCCAGUGGUUGCCCCAUAAACCCAAAGCAUAAUAGAGCCACCCUGUGCUUAACAUUCAGAAAGGUAUUUUCUUUUCUUUAAAUGUUUUCUUCAAAUUUUCUUUUUUCUCCAAAUAUAUCUUGUCUGGUUGUGGCCAAAAAGUUCAAUUUUUGUUUCAUCAUCCCAAAACACUUUUUUCCAAAAUGUUUUAGGCUUAUCAAGGAUUUCUUUUGCAAACUUCAGUCAAUUACUUUUGAGAUGAGGUUAAAGAAAAGGUUUCCUUCUGCCAACUCUCCCAUGCAAAUCACUGUUGUAUAAGCGACUGUUUGUGAACCAUGAAGUACUUAUUAGAAAGAAAGAUAAACAUUUUAGAAUGACCUACAAUUCCCAGACAUGAAUAUUAGUGAAAAUCGUGGGGAGAUCUCAGAGAAGUAGUGUGUGGAAAAAGACUCAAUGAUCUUUUGAACUAAAAGAGUUCUACGAGGAAGAAGUUCUCUUAGUUAAGCUACAGGAAAUAUUUGGAAGCUGUUAUUCCUCCCAAAGUACUAACAGAAAGGAUGUCCAAAUGCUUGCAUGUGCCACAUUCACUGUUUUCUUACUCUGAAUCUGUAACAACUCCACAUAAAUACUAAAUACGCAUUAAAGUUUGCAAAAAGAUGUUUUACCAUGUAGAAUUUCUGUCAGUUUCACAGAAUCACUGACAGAUCCAAUGAAACAUACAAUUUGAUCAAAGAUGCCUAAAUUGUUGUUUACAACUCU